AUGCGUGAAGACCGAUCAAAGGCAAUGGCCAUUUUUGGCAAACAUGACUAUCUGCUACGUUUCUGGAAUGACCUUACACCAGAGGAGCGACAGCAGUUAGUGGAUCAAUUUACUUUGUAUAAUAUGCACGAAAUAGACAAAGCGUUCAAGGAAUCUGCACUUCCAGUGAAGUUGGAAGGCUUGGAACCAAUCAGUGAAGAUCACUACUUUGUUCCAAAUGAUAUUGACGAAAAUAUCAUGAAGGAAUACUGGAAUACAGGUUUGGAAGCAAUAGCAAAGGGACAAGUUGCUGCUGUGGUUCUGGCAGGCGGUCAAGCAACACGGCUCGGAUCAGUUGAACCUAAGGGUACCCUUUCCUUGGGAUUCACCGAUUGCGACAUAACUGAUUCACUUUUCGCCUUGCAAGCGGCUCGUAUUUCACGUUUGCAAGACCUUGCUCGAGCGGCAUUCCCGAAUUCAGACCCAAAGAUCUGGUGGGUUGUGUUGACGAGUUCGGCUACCGCAGAGGGAACACUGAAGCAUCUCCGUGAUGUGCUUCCAGUAGCUAGUAUUGAUGCAGGACAGCUUAUAGUACUUUCACAACGAUCAAUUCCAUGCUAUGACAUAAAUGGUGGCUUAUUUCUAUCUUCAAAGAGCAGUUUCGAGGUUUCUCCAAAUGGAAAUGGUGGCCUUUAUGAAUGCUUGGAAGCUCAUUGCACUUCCUCUAUAAAUAAUCAAAUCAAAUAUUUUCAUGUUUAUGGUGUUGACAACGUUUUGUGUCGUGUGGCAGAUCCGCACUUUAUUGGAUAUUGUAUCAAGAAAAAUGUAGAUUGUGCCGCAAAAGUUGUGGAAAAAACUGAUCCAUUUGAACGAGUUGGUGUAAUAUGUCAAACAUCAGAUGGUGUUCAAGUUGUUGAAUAUUCGGAUCUACCCCUGGAACUAGCUGCUGCUCGAGAUGAUUCAGGACGCCUCAAAUUUCGCUCAGGAAAUAUUGCAAGUCAUUUCUUCACUUGCGACUUUGUUCACGCAGCAGCCAAUUUUAAAUUACCUCUUCAUCGUGCCUUCAAAAAAAUCCCGUUCAUUGAUCGAAUGACUGGAAUCUCAGUGAAACCAGAAACAGAAAAUGGUUAUAAACUCGAGUUUUUCAUUUUCGAUGCUUUCAAAUGUGCUAAAAAUUUCCAUGUAUGGGAAGUUAAACGUUCAGAAGAAUUCAGUCCUUUAAAAAAUUCAGAAAAUAUAGGAAAAGACUGUAUGAGCACUUGCCGCCGUGAUUAUUACGCUGAAUGCAAGCGUUGGCUUAUAAAAGCCAAUGUACCGAUUUGCGUCGAUCGUCCCAUUUUCAUUCAUCCCCUCUAUUCUUAUUCUGGAGAGGGGUUGGAAGAAUAUCGUGAAAAAGGCAUAGCUGAUGAUUUGCUUCCAUAG